GUGAGCAGGGGCAGCACAAUAACUCUACUGUGAAGUGAAGAGAGAAAACCCAGGAAGACUGAACUCUCCUUUUUAGCUCCUCUCCUCUCCUUCUCUAUUGGUUCUUCCUCAGAAGAAUUCAGCUCUCCACAAGUGACUUCUGCCUUCUGGAGCCACCUGGGACUGGCAAUUGCCUCUGCCUGAGGACAGCAACCUUUCCCCAGGGAGGCAGCGAUAUCCCAGGAGAACUUCUGACAUCUCCUCACAGCCACCCCUCUGAAGCAGAGUCAAGGUUGAAGAUUAGGAUUUGAGGAAGAUUAAAUGAGACAAGGCAUGAAAAAGACUCCGCACUGACAGAUUCACAAAUAUAUCGCUUUCAUACUGUGCGAUUAAAGUUGGAGGGAGAAAAAAGAACCAGAGGAAGUCUUUAUCAGAGAGUAUAAGACAACCAAAGAGCCUUCACCAAGAGGACUCUAACAUACUGUGGAUCCUGCUAUGAAAUAUUCACAUGAAUCCUGAGAGCAGGUAGCAUGAUUUCCUCAAAACACAAGGCAGAAAACUGGGAUUUUAGGAACUUGUCUAUGUUGCAAAGAUCUGAGCUGAUCCUCAAGGGAUUCUCAGAUUAUUUCAUCCAUGGGGAAGGUGCAUGUAGACCUUGGAGCUAGAAAAUCAGCAACUAGAAGAAUAUGGAGAGUAUUGUUGUGCUGCAGGUAGGGACUACCCCAGGAGAAGAGCAAGGACAGUGGUAUCUUCAGGAAAGUUGUGAAGAGCAAGAUACAGCACCAUGAAACCUACUUGUGUUCAUGUUAUGAAAUUUAUCCUACUGAAAGAAUAGCAGGCCUUCUGGGACAGAAACCUGACUACACCAGUUGUGGCUCCACUACUCACAAAUAUGGCAAAAGCCCCCAUGUCCUGUUACACUCCAUUGUCUACAUCCUUCACUUCUGUUGUGUCAUACCAUACAGGCUGGAACAUUUUAACUGAAGAGAUGAGCAGAAAUAUUGAGAAGUCCUUGAAAGAAGGAAAGCUGUUGGAAGUGGUCUCUGUGUUCAGGAGGACUGUAGAGACAGUGUCCAGAAACCAAGUACACAUUGCUGUGACUGGGGAGUCAGGCAAUGGUAUGUCAUCCUUCAUCAAUGCAUUGCGAGUCCUGGGACAUGAGGAGAAGGCCUCCGCUCCCAUAGGGGUGGUGACAACCACCCAGACAAGAGGAAGCUAUUCUUCUUUCCACUUUCCCAAUGUGGUGCUGUGGGACCUGCCUGGCUUGGGGACUACUGCUCAAAGUCUGGAGAACUAUCUGAAUGAGAUGCAAUUCAGCCAAUAUGACCUCGUUAUCAUCAUUGCAUCUGAGCAGUUCAGCAUGAAUCAUGUAAAGCUUGCCAAAGCCAUUGAGGGGAUGGGAAAGAGGUUCUAUGUUGUCUGGACUAAGCUGGACAGGGAUUUCAGCACAAGUGCUCUCCCAAAGGGACAGCUAUUACAGAAUAUCCAAGAGAAUAUCAAGGAAAAUCUUCAGAAGGAGGGUGUGUGGGAACCCCCCAUAUUCCUUGUAUCUAACCUUGACCCUUUAUUGCAUGACUUCCCAAAGCUUAGGAAUACAUUGAAAAUAGACCUCUCUAACAUCAGGUGCCAUGGUCCCUUAGUCAUGCUUUCCCACAUUUGUGAGAAGAUCAUUAAUGAUAAAGUGAACUCCUUGAAGGGGAGAUUAUCCACAGAGCAUGUGGAGGAUAUUCUUGGCAUCAGGGAUGCUGAUGACUUGGGGGAGUGUCUGGAAGCCUACCGAUUGCUCUUUGGUGUGGAUGAUGCAUCACUUCAGCAGGUGGCUCAUAGUAUGGGGACAUGGGCUUUUGAGUACAUGACCAUCAUGAAGUCCCAAGAUUUGCACACUCUCUGUGGAGGUGACUGGAAAAUGAAAUUCAUGACUUGCUUAAUCAUGAGGGCAUUCCUAACACUUUUUAGAUAUAUACCAUUCUUAGGUMAUCCUGUCAUCCACCACUUCAGAUUCAUGAGACAUAGGCGCAUCCUUGAGUUAGUUGCUCAGGACACCAAGAACAUCCUGAUGAAGAUUCUGAAAGAAUGUAUGCUCUCCACCUGAUAUCAAUUUUGGGAAUAGUCUAGCUGGCUCAUUCUUAGGUAGAAUUAACUUGCUUCAGGAUACCAUUCUCAGUUUGAUCUCUCUCCACUAAGAGAAUCAAGUUAUUUCCACUAGGAAUCAAGAGAUUCAACUGAACACUUUCUAUUUCCUUUAAGGUUUAUAAUUCUUUGAAAGGAGUUAAGAAAAUCACUUAUCUUCCUUUCUCUAAUCCUAAUAUAUUCUUCUUUUGAGGAACAAGUAUUGUUGAAAUCAUUAAUGAAGUUUCCUGGGUUCAGUAUAUAAAAAUUUUGAUAGUAAUUGUUAAUGGUGAUAUAGAUCUAAAUUAAUCUGUUUUUCCACUAAAGCCUUAAAGUUAAUGAGUGAAAAUUGUGGAGUAAACAUUCUACCGGAAACUCCCCAGAAUGUAAAAAGUAUAUGUAUUUUCAGGGGAAAUAGAGAAACUGCAUACUUGAUGUUCAGGGCUAUGUAGCAAUGGAAAUGAAAUCACAUUCUAGGUUGUGUGGAAGCAACCAGACUAGUCUUACAUGUGUUAAUGAAAAAGAAACUCAAGCAAGAUCAGGAUGCUGGCAUCAGAAGAAAUUUUUCAUAUUUUGUAUAAAAUUAACAACUCAAUUUGAAAAACACUUUAAUUCAAUGAGUCAAACAUGGAAAUUUUAAGUAUAGGUGAAAUAUUUAAGAGAUGUUGAGAUGGAAUAAACUUUUCUGACACAGAAUUUUUGGAGGUAAACAUGUAGUCCUAAGUUAUAAUAUGAAUGAGAUGAGACAAAUUGAGUUAUGUGGUACUCACAGCAAACUAUAAAGGUACAAUGGUAUGAGGAUGGCCUUAGGCCUGAGCCUAAGCAACUCCAUUUUAAAAACUCCAGUUUGAAACCUGUAGUCUCACCAGACAUGCCUAAUGGAGCCCUCCAGUAUGGCUCUUAGGCACAAACAAGUCAUUUCUCCCCACCCUGAUAAACUCAAGUGAAGCCUCUGGCAGGCUGUCUUUGCCCAAUAAGAGGGAAAAGCGCUGAAUAAGAGAGAAAGGUGAAAAGAUCAGGAUGGGGACCACCAGAUGAGAUGUUUUAACCCCAGGGUAAAUGAUGUCACUGAGAGAGAGAUUCAGUGGCAGUAGAUAAGGGGUCAAAAGCCCCCAAAUUUAGUAUAAAUAAUAGAGCAAGUGAACAGAUAUUCAGCCAGCUGACAAUAAUGCUCUCACACUGAGAGCCUGAUAAGGACCUGGACUGACAUCCCAACACUUUUCUUCAUUUGCUGAUCCUCUGCAUUUUCCUCACCACUCUCAAACUCUACAGCCAGAUAUUGACCCUGGUGAGAGCCACAACUUCUCCCUAGACCCUCUCCUUAGCUGGCUGUCAGUUCCACCCCAGGAGAAGUCUGCCUUUGUUCCUGACCUGGGUGAGUGUGCAUCUGCUGGACUUAAAGCCUAAGGCUUGAGACUUUUAAUCUGACACUUGAACUUGGCAUGCAG